UUCUCUGUAAAACAUCGCAAACAUAUAACACACAUACAUACAAAUCGUAUCACGGCGGCAUAUAUCGAUCGAUGUAAACACACCUCUGUACUGUUUGAUGUAAGUUACGUCGUCGGAGUUCCCUGGCCCGAUAUGCCUUCCCAACCGAUUUGAAUUUUUUUCUUUGCGAAAUUUAGUAAACAAAUUAAGAUUUCCUGAAAAGGCUAACAGUUGCCAUUGUGUGCUUUGGUGCAGAUCAUAAUUUUUUAAUAUCCUUUUUGGAAGUUCAGUGCUCGACCGGUUUCAUAAAAACUGUUCUCAGUGGUUAUCAAAAUGCAAUAAAAAAUGUGGCAAAUUUCACAAAUUUUCGAAUCAAGGAAAUUAGUGGUCUUCGACAAAAUAAAAGCCAAAUUAUCGCCUUUAAAACAUUUUAAACACGAAAUAUAUGGAUCAAGUCGACUCAUAAAUAAUCAACUAAGGACACUCAGUAAAGUUGUCAUGAUCACGAGAAAAAAUUUAUGGAGUGUUGUGAUCUUUAUAAUGUUUAUGGCGAUGUAAAGUCUUAACUAACUCCCAAGCAAAAUAGAACCCACCUUGGCUGUCAUCUCUUAAAUAAGUGCAUCUGCGUUCUGCAUAAGCGAAUCCCAUAAUCAAGUGCAGUCGCGUCACGUCGAGGAUCAUCUUCAGUGCUGGUGGUUGUGAAACUGAUCCGUGGAAGACUGGAACACGGAUACCGCGAUUCUAACCGGUGCAAUCAAAUCAGUAAUAAACAACGACCGUGCAUUUUUCAUAAUUUUAGUGAAGUGAAUGUCGCUGAUCAUGACAACUGCAUUCGACUCAGAGACCCAUAUCUGCGGAUCAACCUAAUAAUAGAUACUUUUAUCUUUAGAUACUUUGUAGAGUCAUCAGUAGUUCCUUUUGUUUUUGUUGUUUUAUAUUAUUUGAAAGAAGAUUAUAAUGUGAUCGUGGAUCGAUGACGAUACCAUCAAGAACGCCAACGGUAACGAUAGCAGUGGUAGCAGCAACAGUAGUCGGGGAUCGCGCGUAAAAACGUGAGUUUAUUAAAUCUGUUCUAAAAUGGUUAUAAAGUGCUAAUACAAUGAUGAGUAUCUUUACGAACGCGCAGCAGCGAUGAUCAUCGUUAUUAUUAUUAUUAUUGUUUGUAGUUAAUGCGAUUACCAUUAUCAUUCGCUGUUUACUGUUUGUCAACGUCGCCGUUGAAAUGCCAAUUCAAACGACAAGUGAAGGUUGUCUUAGGCUUGCAUAAUUUUUUUCCUCGUAGAGAUGCAUAGGAUUUGCACUUACUCGUAUGCAUAGAAGUUCCAUUACACAUGAAUGUAUCUAACGACGAAAGAUGGUUUUGUAUUCCAAUUGUAAGAAAAACUAUCCGGAAAAUAUCAACUGCUGAAAGUGUGUGUCCUAUUUGAAUUGCAAAUUUUUAGUCCUUCAAGUGAAGCUUGAUGUAAAUGAGAGGCGUAUUUACGCGUACGAAUAUUGGGAUGAGUGUGAUUUGUAGUGAAUUUGAUGGUUCAGCAACGAAGGAUAAAGGAUAUACGUGAAUAGAUUGUGGUGGAGUGCUUCGAAACGAUUUUAUGCAGCUUUGUUAUAGUAUUGGUAUUGAUAUCAGACCGUACUUAUGAUUCUUGAAAAGAUGAACCAACAGUGUAAAGUUUGCGGGGAGCCUGCUGCUGGUUUUCAUUUUGGUGCUUUCACAUGUGAAGGCUGCAAGUCAUUUUUCGGCCGAACAUAUAACAACCUCUCAUCGAUCUCAGAAUGUAAAAAUAAUGGCGAAUGCGUAAUCAACAAAAAGAAUCGAACUGCAUGCAAAGCAUGCCGCUUACGAAAAUGUCUAUACGUUGGAAUGUCAAAGAGCGGUUCCCGAUAUGGUCGCCGUUCGAACUGGUUCAAAAUACAUUGCCUUCUACAAGAACAGCAACAGCAGCAGCAACCGUCAACCCUACCACAAAUAUUGCAGUCACAAAACCAUCCGCUAGCCAGUCAACUAAGCUAUCUGCAUUGCAGCCAACAACAACAGCCAUCUCACCAAAAUAACAACAAAACUCCAUCCCCAUUGAAGUCUCCACUUCCGUCCAGUCCAUGUAUGCUAACAAAUCCUUUUCUCUCUGUUGGAAGGCACUUACUUAACGGAAGCCAUAUGUGUAUGGACAAGACUGCAGCCGGACCCAACAGAGUUAGCAGUAAUUCAUCAAGUGAUUCAGGAGCGUCAUCUGCAGACCCUGAAGAUAGUAUUGUUAGUAAUAAGGAUAUAUAUGGUAGUCCUGUAGUCGAUCAACCUUUUAACUGUAAGCCGAUGGCAAAGAAACUGGACCCUGUUCGAAGUAUAUCUGAGCCGCUGAAUCCUUAUCUAGUAUUACCGCACGUCACAAUAUCACCUGCGUCACCUCGAUCGCCUCCAACCUCCUUAAGCGUACCAAUUUCUUCAAGUGGAAUUCAAGAGGAACCAAUCGAUUUGUCCGUUAAAUCUCAGAAACGCAGCCGAACUGCAUCUCCUAUCCAUAACACGACAGAGAAUGUGCCUAAGUUGACGCCCUUGGAUUUGACACUAGUUCGAUCGAAUUCUCUUUCGGGGUAGAAUAUGUAGUAUUUUUUUACGUGAUUGAAUUUUCAUAUUUUAGUACUAUUGAUGAAUAAUGAUUGAUUAGAUAUAUAAAUAUAACUAAAUCUUUCGUGUUGUUACGGAGAAGUUGUGUUCCUAUCAUAAGAGUGCCAUACAAGGUGCACAUUUAUGGCCAGUUCUGUUCUUAAAACUAAAGUCUCCAAAUAAAUGUCAUCAGGGACGGGACUCUUUGCCAGUUUAAUAAUUAUAAUUAUUCUAUUUUAUAAUAUCGAUUUAAGUAAAUGCAAUUUUGAUGUAGAAAAUUGGUGCCAGAAUUGAUUGAUGUACAAAAGAUAACGAAAGACCAGUGAAUAGUACGUUAAACAUUGAGAAUCUCAUCUUUAUGUCAUAGCUUUGGAAGAAUCUGUAGAUAUAUACAGUUUUUAUGUGCUAAACCAUGUGUUCAAAACUUACAUACAAAAACCUAAUACAAAGUCUUUGUUUUCAAAUUACAAACGCACAAUAAGCACAAACGGUUGAAUAAAAAGUGAAGAAAUUAGAAUAUUCCUUAUUAUUAUUUAUAAAUUGUAUUGUUCAACGAAAGGGGCUAUGAAUUAAUUUGACUGACAAUUGGUUUCAAUAAAGUUCUGGAAAAGAUAGCAGAGAAGUUACUUAGAUUCGAAAUAUAAACUCACGAUCCAUGUUUUUUAUUUAUAUAUAUUUUUAUUAUUUUUCUGUACUGUACACUCAACAUAUACAAUAGAUACAUAUGAAGAUAAAAAGAAUUAUCUGUUUGUCUCAAUAGUUUGUAAUAGUUAUAAUUCAAUUAGAUAAUCGCUCUAGUAAAAUUGGUUGUUUUGUUUUGUGCUAUUUCAUAGUAAUUUAUUGUUUCAAUUUACUUUUAUUUAAACUGUUUUUUAAUCAGUGCUAUCUGUAUGCGAAUACGAAAGAUAUCCUUAAAUAUCUAAAGUAGUCUCAAAUGAUGAGUUUUAUUUAGAACGAAUUUUGUAUUUUUUGUGAAUUUUUUUAAUUUAUUUUUACGUCGGUACUUAUUUAUAUUUUAUUAUAAUAUAUGUAGAUUUGAGAUCUAAAAUUAGAGAUGUGUAUAUUUUUGUUGUUAUAUUUUUUCGUGUUGAUAUGAUUUUCUUGCAUAUGUAUAUGGUCAUAUUUUCUUGUUUUGUAUAAAGUUAUUUU